UGAUUGGCCGGCGCGGCGCGGCACGAGCGGCUGCACCUGCUCCCGCUCCCGCUCCCGCUCCCGCAUCCCCUGUACCGGCGGGGGUUUGUGCGCGUGCGCGUGCGAGGCCGGUGAUGCACCGGGACGAGCGGCCGGGCCCGGUUCCGGCUCCCGUCGCCGGUAACCGCCCGCCGCGGGCCGGGCAGCGCCGGGACCGCCAGUAAACGCCCGCCGUGGGAGCAGCGGCGUCGCGGUGCUCGGUAACCAGGUCGGGAGAAGCAGUGGCCGCCCAGCCCUGCGGUUCCGGCAGGAGGUGCGUGUGGAUCCCGUGUAGCGAAGGGAGGGGGCGGUGGCUGCCCUCCUCCGCCCCGCUCGCCUCAGUCCCCGAUAACCAAGAUGCACUUCCAGUGGGACUGGCUGUGCUUGGGUGUCCUGAUAAUUAGCUCAGUGACUGCAGGAAUGCGAAACGAAGAAAAUCUGGAUGCAGAUGUUGAAGUGGAGAAUUUUGACAAGCAGUCCCAAGAAGCUGAUGUUGACAGAGAUAAAUCUUCUAUAGAGGUUGUGUACCAGACUCCAAAGCCAACUGGGGAAGUGUAUUUUACAGAAACCUUUGAUGAAGGAUUGUCUGGGUGGGUGUUGUCUGUAACUCUGAAAGAAGACAUGGAUGAUAAUGUUGCUAAAUAUGAUGGAAGAUGGGAAGUAGAAGAGCUGAAAGAAAACGCAAUGCCUGGAGACAGAGGAUUAGUGUUAAAAUCAGUGGCAAAGUAUCAUGCAAUAUCAGCAAUGCUAACGAAAGCAUUUGUUUUUGGUGAUAAACCUUUGAUUGUUCAAUAUGAAGUGAAUUUUCAAAAAGGCAUUGACUGUGGUGGUGCAUAUAUUAAACUUCUCUCCAGUAGCAAUGACUUGAAUCUGGAAUACUUUUUUGACAAAACACCCUACACUAUUAUGUUCGGACCAGAUAAAUGUGGAGAAGAUUACAAACUACAUUUUAUCUUCAGACAUAAGAAUCCUAAAACUGGAGAGUAUGAUGAAAAACAUGCUGAACGUCCUGAUGUAGACCUAAAAAAAUACUAUUUGGACAAGAAGACACAUCUGUAUACUCUUGUGCUAAAACCAGAUGAUACAUUUGAAAUAUUAAUCGACCAAAUAGUUGUCAGUAAAGGAAGUCUUCUUGAGAAUAUGAUUCCUCCAGUAAAUCCUUCCAAAGAAAUAGAGGAUCCUACUGAUAAGAAGCCUGAUGAUUGGGAUGAGAGACCAAAAAUACCUGAUCCAAAUGCUGUCAAACCGGAUGACUGGGAUGAAGAUGAACCUGCCAAAAUAGAAGAUCCUGAUGCUGUUAAGCCUGAGGGGUGGCUUGAUGAUGAACCACAUUAUGUUCCAGACCCUAAUGCAAAUAAACCAAAGGACUGGGAUGAAGAAAUGGAUGGGGAGUGGGAAGCCCCUCAGAUCCCUAAUCCAAAAUGUGAGACUGCACCUGGUUGUGGAGAGUGGGUGCAUCCCAUGAAGAAUAACCCAAAGUAUAAAGGAAAAUGGAGAGCACCUAUGAUAGAUAAUCCUAACUAUCAGGGAAUCUGGAGCCCUCGGAAAAUACCAAAUCCUGACUAUUUUGAAGAUCUUCACCCAUUCAAGAUGACCACUGUCAGUGCUAUUGGUUUAGAGCUCUGGUCUAUGACGUCUGAUAUCUACUUUGAUAACUUCAUCAUAUGUUCAGAAAAAGAAGUAGCAGAUCGCUGGGCAGCAGAUAGCUGGGGCUUGAAGAAAUUAGUAGCAAGUGCAAAUGAGCCUGGUAUGUUUAGUCAAUUGGUGACUGCUGCAGAAGAACACCCAUGGCUCUGGGUUCUUUACAUCUUGACUUUAGCUCUCCCUGUUGGUCUAAGUGUAUUGUUCUGCUGGCCAGGAAAGAAAUCAGAUGAAUAUAUUAACUUCAAAAAACCUGAUGUAUCUAAGCAAAUUACAAAGGGAGAACUAAAGGAAGAGAUAGAAGAGUUGGAAGAUAAUGAACUAGAAGAGGAAAAAGAAAAUGAAGAUACUGGUGAAGAUGAGAGAAGAGAAAUGGAAACAAAAAGAGAGCUUAUAAAGGAUACAAAGAAGAUUGGAAGAGAGGCUCCUGUUUCAGAAGAUGAAGGUGGUGAUGAUAUUUAUGAUGAUGAUGAAGAAGAAAAUGAAGUUCCAGAUGAAAGUCAAGGUGAUGAUAGAUCAAAUAAAUCUGACUCAGAAGAUGAGAGGAAAGAAGCAGAUGAAGGAAUGGGAGAUCGUCCACUGAAAUCAGUGCGCAAAAGAAGAGUACGAAAGGACUGAGUUAUUUCUAGCUGGUGUUUACAGGUCUAGAGACAGUGACAGUAACUUUUGGUGUGCCACUUCAGUGGGCCUGGAAAAUUCCUGAGCUUGGAUGGGAAAAGAGGGGGGGUGGGGUGCUAUUUAAACCUCUUAUUUUAAUUCUCUGGCUGCUUUAGCCACCCUAAACUUCCUCAAUUCCAUUUUUUUAAUGAUAAAUGCUAUCUGUAAAGAGUUAACUGGUAUUUCAAAUUAAAAAUAAAAGGGAAAUUACAAGUUGACCAGCUAAUUUUUAGGUGAAGAUUCUUAAGAUUUGAUGUUUCUUAGAAAUUAGUAUUAGCUGGAAGUAAACUUACUCUGAAUAUUUUUUAAAUGAAUGCAUUAUAAUACUUUUGUAGCUCUAGCACAAAACAAGCUGUUUACAGUUUUCAGCUAAAAAAGGAUGGUAGUUUAGAUGUAGCAUCUAUAGCAGUUCAUAUUGCUGAGAAAAGGUAUUUUCUUCUGUGCGGAGCUAAAUGCAAUAAUUGUUUUUGUAUGAUGAUUUUGUGCUAGCAACAAUUUUUAUUGUAAUUUAUUUAUUUUAGUUGAUCUUGUUACAUGGGUGGUCACCUGUUCACUUAAGGCAUUGAUUACAGUAAUUUAUUUUCAAGAUAUAUUUUAAAAUAGAAUACAAGUGGUAAUUGAUGUGACUUGUUUUACUCUUGAAUGCAGGUAUCAAAUCUGCAGAAGUCAUAUACAGAUGAUUUUUUCAAACUUUUAUAGUUCUCAUGUUCCAAACCAGAGUGGUAUAACCGGUUUAUAGAAUACUUGCUAAGUGUAUAUUGUCACCUGAAAAUAUUUAUUAAUUCUUGCUUAAUAUGGAAUUUACUGAUAUACGUAAGAAUUUUUGAUGGAUUAAGUUUUUUACGAUGUGAGUAACUUGGGCAUUCUCAUAGUUUAAAUAAACUGCUUAUUGUAAAGAAACUUGGUUUCAUUUAAGUUCAGCUGUAUAUUAAACAAUAAAAUUUCAGUCACCAGAAACCUCUUGCUACUUGGCAGCUGCCUGUAGUAGAAUGUGUAAAUGCUAGCAGUAGUCAUACAUUACAAACAAGUAGAAAUACAUUAAUUCAUAAGGAAUCUAACAGAUUUUCUUGUGCCUGUCAUAAAAUUUACCCGCUUUCAAAAGAAGUAUUUUCACAGCAGAUUCCAUGGAAGUCUCUAAGAAAUGAAUGCUUAACCCUAAUGAAGAAGCCAGUGUCCUCAAAUGCUUGUUUUAAAGUGUUCAUAAAGUUAAUUACAUAUGACUUUUACUUGGUGUGAAUUACAUGGAAAUGUCUCUAAGUUUUUGUUUAACUUGGGGCUUUUUUUGUCUUUUUUUUUUUUUACGUUAACUGCAAGUUCCCACCUCUUUAUUUAGGGUGUCUAUGCAAAAGGUAAGAAGUGAAAACUCCAGAUUACUCCUCAGCAAUAGAUAAAAGCUGAUACCAGUGUAGUAUUCUGCUGGCAACAGGAUGAGCUGUCAGGGAGCACUUCAGCUCACCUUUUAAAUUAAUUAUGUCUUAGUCUGAUAGAAGUCCUUUGAAAUUGUUACAGCAUUUGGAUGUCCUGGGAGUCUGGUUUGUUUGUUUGCUAUGGGGUUUUGGAGGGGUUUUUUUUCCUCUGAUAUGUGAUAGUUACUCUAGUUAUUAAUAUUUUUUUGAUGUGAUUUAGUUACUCCAGAAUUAGUCACCCCAUGGGGGAUGGUCAUAUUCCCUUACGUUUUUGACCUUAAAAAAACAACCUUAAAAGUUCCCAUAAAGUAUUGAUUGAUGCCACAUCAGCUUUGAUCACCUAGAACCUAUAGAUAGCAUACAUCCUUCUGCACAUCAGCUUAUUUGGAUCUAGAUUUAUGCUGAUAAUUAGAGGAGAAAUACCAGAGAUGUUGAGGAUUUGAGGCUCUAGAGGUAGAAAGCCAGGCAACGUCUGUUCAUUCAUACAGUGCAACAGUGAGAUUUCAACCACACUUCCUGUGCACUCUCCAUUUUUAUUUGAACAGGUAUUUCAGGAAAUGAACUUCAUCUUGCUAUCAUGGUUGCUUGCAAGAGCUUUAAAAUUAACAAAAUGCUUUUCAGUUCCAGCAUGUCUUGUCCAAACUGUCAGUCAUCUUUGGAACUCCAUAAGUAACAAGAUCUCCACAGCCUGCACCCCUCUGGCUGUGCUGUAGCUUGAUAAAAGAGCUCUGAGUCUGAGGAUGCCAAAUCCCAGACUGAACAGUUUUUAUAUGCAGGGAAGGCCAAGUAGUACUGAUGCCCUUUUAUUUAGUUACAGCUGAAGCUACUCUUCAGUUGGCAUCUGCAUUCAUGAAGGCACAAUGAAGUAAUAAUUCUGGUUUCUGUCUAAUGUAUAGCUCACUACAAGUUAGGAAAAAGUAACAUUUCUAACUUGGCUUAACAGUCUCCCACUGGAGAAGUACAAGCUUUAGCUUUUUGACAACAGUGGAUGCAGUCUACCAAUCCUUUUCCUUUUUACUUUAGAAAGAAGAGUAGACAGAAAUGUGUGACUGAUGGCUGAAAAUAGAGAGAAACUGAAGCUUUGCUAAAACUAGAUUCAUUAACCCAAGU